UUUAUUUGCAAUAAUUGUACAUUAAAAUCACGCGUCAAAUGCAUUAUUUAAAAAAGUGGUCGCGUCGUAAUCCUCAUCCUUGUUUCUAGUGCUGUUUCUUAUAAAAUAGUGCACACGCGCGAUGACUGUUGAUCGCCAUUGUGGCCAUUGUGCAGACUGAGCUCGCUGUUGACUUUGUUUUUGUUGUAGUGCGGCUGUUGUUGUUGUUGGUCAUCUACCGGUAAAACGUUUACAGGUUAUAAAGAAAAAUGAGUGGCGAGACUGAAAGUGAAAGCAAAGAGGCGCUACAGCUUAAGGAGGAAGAGCCGCAGGUGCAUACCGGCGCGGAGAAGGAGCAAGGGAAUAAAGAGAGGGAACAGCAGAAGGAGCAGCAACUUUCAGAGAAAGUAGUGGAGGCAGUAAAAGAGGACGAGGCUGGUAGUUCUAUUGAAGCCGAAAAGCACUCAAAGGAGGCAAAAAGUGAAGCGGAAACUAAAAGUGAGAGUAAACCUGAAGAGGGUGGUCAGUCAAAGGCCGAAAGCAGCCACUUUGCCGGCUAUGAGGAACAUAUUAGUUAUGCCGAGGAUGGUGCGGCCAUCUAUACAGAUCCCAGCACAAGGCAGAAGUACAAAUGGUGCGACAAAAUCAACAAUUGGACACCACUGAGUGGUGAUGCGGCGGCCAGCAGUACAGGAGAUCCCUUAGAGACCGAACACUACAAGUGGUGCAAAGAGACGCAGCAGUGGCUGCCCAAACAGCAGAGCUGUACCGAAACCGAAACUGAGCACUAUAAAUGGGAUGCAGUGCAGCAGAAGUGGCUGCCGAAACGACAAACAAGCAGUAAUGGUUCUGAUGAUGUCGUCUUUGGAGUGGAUGAGCAAGGCCAACGCAUCUAUACCGACAAAGAUGGUGUCGUCUUCUUCUGGGAUGCCAACAGAAGUGCCUGGUUUCCAAAAAUCGACGAUGAUUUCAUGGCGCGCUAUCAAAUGAGCUACGGUUUCAUAGACAACACCAGUGCGGGGGAGAAGGAACGCGCCGAACGUGAGGCAGCGGAGGCCAAGCGCAAGGAGGAAGAACUUAAGCGGAUGACUGCCGAAGCACAGGCCGCCAUGAUUGCUGCAGAUGCGGAUAAGCCAGAAGUGCCAACAGUGGGUAAUAAACGGAAGGCUCCGGAACCACCCAAAUGGUUCGAAGUGGAUCCCACCCAAAACACAAAAGUCUAUGUAUCCAAUUUGCCACUGGACAUCACCAUGGACGAGUUCGCAGAGCUGAUGGGCAAAUGUGGGAUGGUAAUGCGCGAUCCCCAGACCCAAAAGUACAAAUUGAAACUUUACACCGAAGCGGAUGGACAAAUCAAAGGUGAUGGACUGUGUGAUUACAUUAAGGUCGAAUCUGUUAAUUUGGCGCUAAAUAUUUUGGAUGAAUAUAAUUUGCGCGGGCAUAAGAUACGCGUACAACGGGCACAAUUUCAAAUGCGUGGGGAAUAUAAUCCUGCGCUCAAGCCCAAGCGAAAGAAGAAGGAUAAGGAAAAGUUGCAGAAAAUGAAAGAAAAACUCUUUGAUUGGCGUCCGGAUAAAAUGCGUGGCGAGCGUUCCAAAAACGAGAAAACUGUCAUCAUUAAGAACCUCUUUACGCCCGACUUGUUCGAGAAGGAAGUCGAACUUAUUUUGGAGUAUCAGAACAAUUUGCGGGAGGAGUGCACAAAGUGCGGAAUGGUGCGCAAGGUCGUUAUCUACGAUCGUCAUCCCGAGGGCGUUGCUCAGAUAAACAUGUCAUCGCCAGAGGAGGCCGAUCUAGUCAUACAAAUGAUGCAGGGACGGUUCUUUGGCAAACGGCAACUAACAGCCGAGCACUGGGAUGGCAAAACGAAAUACAAAAUUGAUGAAUCGGAGGCGGAAACACAACAGAGAUUAUCAAAAUGGGACUCGUACUUAACGACCGAAGAUACAGAAAAGUCGGAAAUAGAGAAUUUGCCGGAAUCAUCAGUAGAGAGUUCCAAAACUGAAUCUUAAAUGGAUUUUUAUUUUUAUAAACAUACAUACCUGCGAUCAUUAUCUCCACGAUCGAUGACUUCCAAAACCACUUCGUUGGCCAGCUGAUGUGGAUAGGUUGUGUUCCAGCGCGUAUAGAUCUUAUGCCGAUUCGCCUCGCUGACCUUUGGCAUUUUGUGCUGGCAUAUGAAACGGAAUUUAUCGGGACAAGCGCGUGCCGACCAGCGAUACUUAAUGCUCGGAUCGUACACAGCGCAAUGGCUAUCCUGCAGCUUGCUGUUGGAGAUAAGGUGCACAUAGCUAAAAUAGUCCUUUUUGAAAUCAAACAACGCAAGAAAUAAAAUGUAAAUGAAAUGAAAGUUCAA